AAAUAAAGAAACAAAUAAAAAUUAGCCUAGUUAAAACUCCCAUCAUGCAAUGUUCCAUACUAUGGCUGCCGAUAACUUAAUCGUCUGCUUUGUUGCAAUUUUUUUCACUAACAAAUGAUUCUCCCGAUACGUUGGACUUGUCCACUUCUUAACGUAUAAUUUCUGAAGUAGAAAAUAUCCAAAGAGAAUAUAAAAGUUUAUAUGGAGAAAAGGAAGUCCCUUUUUUACUAGAAAUAUUUUUGGAUUACGUUAAAUCAGAUAAUCCAUUAUGGAUAAAAAGCCAGCUUUCUUGAAAGGACAUGGUCGAGGGAGAGGGCGAGCUUCAAGUAAUCCACCUGCAAAUAUACAAGAAAAUGGAGGGAGCCGAGGCAAAAGAUUUAACCAAAUCAAUGAAUCUAGCAAACCUGAAGUAAAUGCUGCCUGUUCACCUAACAUUCCUCCUAAUCCAUGGCAUAAAAAGCCUCCUGUUACUGAAAAAAAUGGAUUAGAAAACAGUGCUGAAGAACGCUUUCAAAAAGCUAGUUCACAAAUGCAAGAAUCAAUUCAAAGACAUUUACAGUCAGCUCCUGAGCAUUUUGAGGAAAGUGAUUCGUCUGAAGAUGAUUUGGCUGAUAAUGUGUUAGACACUGUUUUUAAAGGAUAUUCUGGAACAUAUGGUUCUGGUGAAGUAAAUAAAGUUACUAAAGCACAAGAAGACUUACUUCAUUCAUUUCGAUCCAACACCUCAGCAUGUCUUGUUUGUAUUGAAUCUAUUAAGAAGACAGAUGCUAUUUGGUGCUGUCAAGGAUGUUACUGCAUAUUUCACAUUCAGUGUAUCCAAAAGUGGGUACGUGAAGGUGUUCAUCAACAAAACUUAAAACAAGAAAAUGUUGAAGAAAUGGAUAUUCCUUGGUAUUGCCCAAAAUGCAGAUUCGAAUAUAAACAAAAAGACUGUCCGGUUCGUUAUAAAUGUUUUUGCGGUCAAGUCGAAGACCCACGUUUUGAUCCAUGGUUAGUACCACAUUCUUGUGGACAGACAUGUGGAAAACAACUAAUACCCCUCUGUGGACAUUGUUGUUUAUUACUCUGCCAUCCAGGUCCUUGCCCUCCAUGUCCUAAAAUAUUGAAAGCUCUCUGCCAUUGCCAACAGUCUCCAGCAAAAAUGCGACGCUGCUCUGACAAAGUAUGGUCAUGUGGGCAGCCUUGUAGACGUCUUUUACUCUGUCAACAACACUACUGUCAACAAGCAUGUCAUGAAGGGGACUGUCCACCAUGUCCUAAAACCAGUCAGCAGAAGUGUCAGUGUGGUCAGGAGACUGAUAUUCGACCUUGUGCUGCCCCACAGUGGCAAUGUAAAAAGGUAAACUGAAGCAUAAGAUUGUUGUUGUUGCUGCUGUGGCAGUGGCGGUUGUAGUAUGUGGGGGGAACUAGUGUUUAAUUAU